AUGGCUUCUCUCAAAGUUCCCGCCACUGUCCCUAGUCCCGAAGAAGAUGCUAAGCAGCUCAACGAAGCCUUUAAAGGGUGGGGAACCAACGAGGGGGUGAUCAUAUCAAUCUUGGCUCACAGAAAUGCAACGCAACGUAACUUCCUCCGCACCGUUUAUGCGGCUAACUACAAGAAGGAUCUUCUCAAGGAAUUAGACAAAGAGCUAAGCGGUGACUUCGAGCGAGCUGUGAUGUUAUGGACUUUUGAUCCAGCGGAGAGAGAUGCUUAUUUGGCUAAGGAAUCUACCAAAAUGUUCACCAAAAACAAUUGGAUUCUAGUUGAAAUCGCUUGUGCUAGAUCUGCCCUUGACUUUUUAAAGGCUAAGCAAGCAUACCAAGCUCGCUACAAGACCUCUCUUGAGGAAGAUGUCGCAUACCACACAUCUGGAGACCUCCGAAAGCUUUUGGUUCCACUUGUGAGCACCUUUAGGUACGAUGGAGCUGAAGUGAACAUGAUGCUAGCUAUGUUGGAAGCUAAAAUGCUUCAUGAUCAGGUCGAGGACAAGGAGUACAAUGAUGGAAAUCUCAUCAGAAUCUUGACAACAAGGAGCAAAGCUCAAAUCAGCGCAACACUCAAUCACUUCAAAAACACGUAUGGAACUUCCAUUACCAAAUACCUGAAGAAGGAUUCAGACAACGAAUAUGUUCAACUUCUUAAAGCCAUAAUCAAAUGCUUGACCUAUCCAGAGAAAUACUUUGAAAAAGUUCUACGUCAAGCCAUUAACAAGGUUGGAACAGACGAGUGGGGACUUACGAGAGUGGUCACUACACGAGCAGAGUUGGACAUGGAACGGAUCAAAGAGGAAUAUUUACGUAGAAACAGUGUUCCUCUUGAUCGAGCCAUUGCUAAAGACACUCAUGGUGACUAUGAGGAAAUUCUUCUCGCUCUUAUCGGACAUGGCCAUGCUUGA